UAUAUAAACAUAAAAACCAUGCGAUUAUCAUUAUUUAAAAAUUAUAAUUCUUUUUAUGCAAUAAUAUUUAAACCAAUACUAAAUAAACCUAUUAUCUAUAAGAGCUUAAAUACAUUAUUUAUAACAAAGACUCAAUCUUCACCAUUAUAUGGAUUUUAUAGUUCAAAAAAAUUAUGUACUCAAAAUAUUAAUAAAAUAAAAAAUACAGAAGAGAGAGUUAUGAAAGUUUUACAACUUUAUCUCGGGAAAGAUUCACCUAAAAUCAGUCAAUUUAACUUUCACAUUUUUAAAAGAAAAUAUUCCAGUAAGCCACCAAUGUCCUUAGCUCUAAUUGAGAAAAGAGUGUUGUUAGUUUUAAAACUAUUUGAUAAAAUUAAUCCUGAUAAGAUCACAUUGGAAUCAAAUUUUAUAACUGAUUUGGGAUUGGAUAGCCUUGACUUGGUUGAAGUUGUUAUGGCAAUGGAAGAUGAAUUUUAUUUUGAAAUACCGGACCUUGAUGCAGAAAGGUUCCAGACGCCUCGUGAUAUUAUAAGAUAUGUUGCCGACAAAGAAGAUGUUUACGAAUAAUAAUAUUAAAUUAAAUGAAUUCAAUUUCAUUCAUAGUUUUAAAAUAAUUAUAUAUAAAUUUAUAAUUCUGCAAGAUGAUCAUAUUUGUAUUAAUUGAACGCUAAAAUGGC